UCACACGCAUAGCUUAGCCACAAGUGCACUGUGCACACCAUAUUGGUUGUUACUUUUUACUCCGUAAUAAGGGAGGCUGGAAGAUGAACUAUAAAUAACACCCCCCGCUUUGUAUUAGAGAGCAUGUAAUACUUCUCUCAAAAACUAUAAUUUGUAAUCAAUCCAUCAAUCAAUCAACAAUAUGGCGGGAAGCAACAACGAUGAGAUUAAGGUCAACUAUAGGCCAAAGAAAGAGCAGGGAAGUAGGCAGCCACCAAGGCAAUUGGAGGGUGAUGAAGAAAAUAUCACGGGCUGGUUGUCGGACUACGGAUGGAUAAAAGUACAAAAGAUCACAAACAAAUCAAGCCACACACUCGAAUUCACGAACCCAUACGAAGCAAGACUAGAAGACGAAAUCGAAAGCGGGCAAUCGGAGUCUAAAAACUGCGUAGGUUAUCUCCCGUACGAUGGCUCUUCGUUUACGUACGAGAUCAAGUACUACAACACAAUGUUCGACGAAUGGACAAAAUUAGUUAUCAAUGAUAUUGAACGAGAUUGGUUGAUGUCUACUUCUUCUGUUAGGGAUUCUAAAACUGAUGAACCUGAUGAAGAUGUUCGUGAAGUUUCUCCUAAUCCUGCAGCAUUAUCUGAUUGGGCUAAAAUUGAGUUUGUUGUGAAUGAUGAUGGCUAUGAAAUUUAUGAUCCUACUUGGAACUCUGUUAUAGCAAGUCUUACAUGGACUAAUAAGUAAUUUCAUCAUCUUCAACUUUUGUUACUAUGAUGCUAGCUACAUGUAUGUCCGUGUGCUAGCUAAUAAAAGCCAUCUCUGUUUAAUAACUAUGUGAUUGUUUCUUCUUCUAAUGAGAAGUGUCAAUGAAUUUUAAGCAUCCUCCUUUCUA